AUGGCGAUUGAAAGAGCUCUCAAAGUGCGGAACUGUCACCGAAGAAGGCCCAAAUUCCCGUCGAAACCCGUUCGCGGAAGCGCGGCGGCUGCUUUGCCCGCACCAAGUCCGGCCGCUUUGAGGCCGAUGGCGAGAGAAGUCGAUGUCGUGCUCGCUCGUGGCACGACGCCGCACGAGUUUGGCUCUCGACAUGACAGCAGGAAACGGGGGAGGAUGGGGGAAAAGGCAUCAUAG